AUGCCUGCCUCAACAUCUUCUCAAAUGCAAAUGCCCCGUGAGCCGGCUCCCGUAGCUUUCGCUGCCGAACGAACCAGCAUUGAACAGCCGCCGCGCCCGAUUCAACCCAUGACCAUGGAACAACCUGAAUUGAGCAUGCGAGGAGGCAAGGAUGGCGGUGUAAGAACAACCAACCCUUCAAUCUUCUACCAGCAAACAACUGACACUUUUCAUAGGCCAUCUGCUGUGGAAUUUGCGCUGGUCUAUGUUGCUUUGAGUGCUUAG